UUGUGGCAGGAAGCCGCUGCCGCCCGUGGCUCCCUUUGUGGCAGCCGCCAUGGCGGCCGAGCGGGCUCCGCCGGCCCGGGCCCAACCUCCGCCCCCCGGCCCCGCUCCCGGCCCCGCUCCGGGCCCCGCUCCGGGCCCCGAGCCCGCGGCACGAACCGGCCUCAGCCUGCCGGGCAUCCUGCACUUCAUCCAGCACGAGUGGGCGCGCUUCGAGGCGGAGAAAGGGCGCUGGGAAGCGGAGAGGGCCGAGCUGCAGGCGCAGGUGGCGUUCCUGCAGGGCGAGCGGCAGGGCCAGGAGAGCCUCAAGCUGGACCUGGUGCGGCGCAUCCGCAUGCUGGAGUUCGCCCUCAAGCAGGAGAGGUCCAAGCUGCAGAAGCUGAAGUUCGGGACGGAGGCGGCGCCGGGGGAGAAGCGCCCGGAGGAGCCGCUGUCCAACGGCCCCGUGGAGCUCGAGGGAGCCUGGAAGGAGGGGAGGCAGCUCCUGCGCCAGUACCUGGAGGAGGUCGGCUACAGCGACACCAUCCUGGACAUGAGGUCGCGGCGGCUGCGCUCGCUGCUGGGCCGGAGCCCCCCCGGAAUUCCGGGAAUUUCGGGAAUUCCGGGAAUUCCCUCGGGAAUUUCGGGAAUUCCGGGAGCCCCCCCCAGCCCCGGCAGCCCCCCCUCCCCUCCCCCGGCCGCCGAGUCGCUGCUGCUGCGCCGCAUCGAGGAGCAGAUCCAGAGGAACGCCGGGCAGGAGCCGCAGGGGGGGCUCAGCCCCUCCCCCCCCGAGGAUGACAGCGACGAGGAAGAGGAGCCCGAGAGCCCCGGCCCCGGCCCGGCCCGCAGGAGCCGCAAGGGUGUCCCCAAGGUCCCCGAGGAGGACGAGGAUGAGGACGAGGACGAGGAGGACUCCGAGGACGCCCUGGGCGAGUUCGACUUCCUGGGGACACCUGGGGACACCUUGGGGACACCUGGGGACAUCAGAGAGAGCCACCGGUGCCACCUGCGGGACGGGGACCUUGGGCCACCGCGGCCACCGGGGCCGCUGCGGCCACCCGAAGGGUCCCCGGGGGUCCCGGCCGAGGCGCUGGCCCUGGACGGCCUCGGGGACCUGGCGGAGCUGACGGUGACAAAUGACAACGACGGCGGUGACGUGCCCGAGGGCCGGCCGCCGUCCCCGAAGCGCAGCUGGAGCCCGCGCCUGACGCUGCGCAGCCACUACGACGCCGUGCGGGCGCUGGCCUUUGUCCCUUGUCACCCGGCGCUGGUGACGGCCUCCGAGGACGCCACCCUCAAGCUCUGGAACCUGCAGAAGCCGCUCGUCCCCAAGAAGAACGCGGCGCUGGACGUGGAGCCGGUGUACGCCUUCCGCGGGCACAGGGGCCCGGUGCUGGCGGUGGCGGUGGCGGCGGGUGACAGCGGUGACAGCGGUGACAGCGGUGACACGGGGCUGUGCUGCAGUGCCGGGGUGGACGCUCGCAUCCGCUGCUGGCGCCUGCCGGGGCUGGACAGCGACCCCUACGACGGCUACGACCCGCGGGUGCUGCGGGGGGUCCUCGAUGGCCACGCCGACGCCGUCUGGGGCCUGGCCUUCGAUGUCACCGGGCGUCACCUGGCCUCGUGCUCGGCCGAUGGCACCGUGCGCCUCUGGGACCCCCGCGGGGACAGCGGCGGCGGUGGCACCUCCGGGGGUGGCACCUGCCUGAGCGUCCUGGACGGGCACAAAGAUCACGGUGUCCCCACCUCGGUGACGUUCGUCCCCACCCACCCGGCCCAGCUGGUGGCCGGCUUCCGCUCCGGUGCCACCGUCCUCUACGACCUCGAGGCCACCAAGGCCACCCUGGUGUCCCCAAACGGCGGUGGCCGUGCCCAGGUGAACCAGGUGGUCGCCCACCCCUCGCAGCCGCUGACCAUCACGGCCAGCGACGACCGCGCCAUCCGCUACCUGGACAACCGCACCGGUAAGGUCGUGCACUCGAUGGUCGCUCACCUGGACGCCGUCACCUGCCUGGCCCUGGACCCCAGCGGCGCCUUCCUGCUGUCCGGCAGUCACGACUGCUCGCUGCGCCUGUGGCACCUGUGCCAGCGCACCUGUGUGCAGGAGCUGCCCGCUCACCGCCGCAAGCACGAGGAGGCCGUGCUGGCCGUGGCCUUCCACCCCCGGCGCGCCCUCAGCGCCAGCGCCGGCGCCGACGCCCUGGCCAAGGUGUUCGUCUGACACCUGGGGACACCUGGGGACACCUGGGGACACCUGGGGACACACCUGGUGGCACCUGGGGACAGCUGGAUACGCCCGGGGACAGCGCCGGGACAGGACGGCAGGUGGCGUCACUUGUUUCUCCGUGUGUUGGUGGCACCUGUCACCUGCCCCAGAGCGGGGUGACGCCUGGGCACACCUGG